AUGGUUUAUUUUACAAUUAUAUUCGUAUCAUUCGUUAUUGCUGCAUCGUUCACUGGACCAUUAGUAUUCGUAUUUUUCACAUUAAUCUACCCAGUUCUUUAUUUGGCGAACGUAUAUUUUCGUCGUAAACGUCUAAAUUCUGCUCAACCUUGGUCUUUCAACGAAAAAGUUAUAUUAAUUACUGGUGCAUCAAGUGGUAUCGGUAAAUCUUUGGCUCACUUAUGCGUUAAAAAUGGAGCCAACGUUAUAAUCUGUGCUCGUCGUGAUGAAAUGUUAUCAAAUGUUGCUGAAGAAUGUCGAAAAAUUAAUGAUUCUGUUAAAGUUUUGAAAGUAAAAUGCGAUAUAGCUAAUGAAUCUGAAGUAUCUCAAAUGUUCGAAAUUAUUAAGACCACCUUUGAUCGAUUAGAUUGUAUAAUAUUGAAUGCAGGUGUUUCUAUGGGUGAACAAUUCGAAGAUACUGAUUACAGUAUAAUCAAAAAGAUUAUGGACAUUAAUUAUUUCGGUUCAACAAAUGUAACACAUAAAGCCUUACCACUCUUGAAAAACAAUAAAAAGUCAAGAAUUUUAGUGGUUAAUUCUAUAAUUGGAAUCAUUCCCAUACCAUUAAGAACAGGAUAUGCUGCUUCAAAAUUUGCUUUGAGAGGAUUUUUUGAAAGUUUACAGUCGGAACUUUGGAAAGAUGAAAUUUUUAUCACGAUGGCUUAUCCCGGAUCCGUCAGGACGGAAAUAAAUCAAAAUCGAUUAGGUUCUAAUCCCAGAGAAUUAGAUUUAAGUGAUGCAGUUUCAUCUGAAGAAUGUGCUCGAAUUUUAAUUGAAGGUAUAAGUCGAGGUGAUAAAGAAAUUUUAUUUACAAACAGAGAUAAACUUAUUAGAUUAAUCGAAGGUGUAUACCCAGAGUUAUUAGCUUAUUUUGCAUAUGCUAAAGCUAAAAAACAUGUGGAUUUAGAUAGAAAUAAAAAUCAAUGA